GCUGGAGCGAGUCCGACUGGUGCCGGUGCUCAAGAACAAGAUUCCUCUGCAUAGUCGUGUGGUCUCGUACGGGCUCCCGCUCUGCUAUGCUUCUAUUGGCGGUUGCAUGGGCACGGUCACGGUUUUGUUUGCCAAAGCGACGAUCCAUCUUAUCACAACGUCCAUCUUCCAGGGAGACAACCAGUACACCCAGAUCUGGGCCUGGGUGAUCUCUGGCAUCACAGUCUUCACUGCAAUGUCCCAACUCUACUGGCUGAAUAUGGGUCUUCAACGAUAUGAUGCGCUGUUGCAGAUUCCGGUGUUUUAUGUUGUCUGGACCACCUUUGACGUCAUCGGCGGCGGCAUCUACUUUGACGAGUUUUCCAACUUUACAGCGGCCAAAUACGUCUGGUUCUGCUUUGCAUUGCUCAUCAUCUUCAUCGGCGUCGCGAUCCUGGCGAAUCGCCUCAAGGCCCUUGAGGACGACAACCGCGAGUUUGAGAAGAAAGUCCAGAGCCACCAACAGGACGCUCUCUCGGUGCAGGAAGAGGCCCGGCCAGAAUGAAAGCAAGACCGACAAAUGAGCUCCUCUCUGCGGGCAGGCAGCGAUGCCACUCGCUCCAAGUUCCCCCCCCCGUGUCCGCUGAUGCAGAUGCCAGUCGCGGAUACCGCCCCCCCCUCCAACAUGUCUGACCGACCCUGUUUGGUCUUGCUCCUGGACACUACUUGUCCAUGCUCUGAUUUACCCACCCACUCCCAAGUGCAGGCGCCGCCGUAUGAUUUGACAUCCGCUCCUUUGAGUGUGAUGUCCCUCCCCCACUCCCCCGCCGCUCGAGUCGCACGUUGCCGACCCAAGCCCACUACUACAUGUCAUCCCUUUGUUUCUGCAUUUUUGUUUCUAGAAUACAGCGCGUCCGUAUUGAAAUGGACACUUCCAC